UCGUCCUUCCUGCAAUGUUACCCCGAGAGCAGGUGAACACAGGCACUGGGAUACAAAUUUCCCGCGGGCCACGAGGAAGUGGGCCGUAAAGAGGAACGGACCGGAAGUCCGUUAUCACAGCCACCGAUGUGGCCAAGCCUCUUCCCGGUCUUAUCCUCCUCCCAGUACUCCCGCUGUUUUUAUGAGGCCGGGAAAAUAGAACGAGGAAGUGCUGACGCACUAGACUCUCAAAACUACAACCAGAGGCUAUAACGACUGUGUUGUCCUGUCGAUUUGGGAGAGGACCACACCGGAAAUGGUAGUUUCCAUGGUAACCCUGAGCGGGUUGCCUGGGAGAUGACCUCUUUCGGUCUCUGAAUCUCUGCUGUAGCGUCACCUCGAAGGCAGAUCUAACAGAUCCUGGACUGUCUCCUGCCAUGAUUCCCGGGAAAUACCGCUCUGUUUCUGGCCGGGCUACGAACAACGUGAACUGUGGGCUUCAUCUGGUUAUUCAAACAUCAUCGCUUCCUGAAAAAAACAAAGUCGAAUUCAAGCUAAAUAAAGAAACGCCAUCAUUCCCUGGUAGACUCUUACAACAUGACCUUGAAAGAAACUACUCAAGUAGGCAAGGAGAUGGAAGAGUAAUAAGUCCUUCGCCUCGUAGUAAAUCAUCAUGCAUCUCAUCCACAACAAAUGUGACAGAACUAUAUGGGCUGGAAAUGAAAACUGCCACGAGCUCUUUAUCAGCAUUUGGAGAUUCUUCCAUUCAGACAUCUUCAAAGUCCAGAAUCCGGCAGGGCUGUCAUAGUGCUGGCCCAAAUGUAUCUGGUGAUCAUAUUAAUUUGGUGAGCUCAUCAAUGCCAUCAUUUCCUAUUCUCCAACGUUCUUCUGAAGAGAAAAUUCUUUACUCAGACAGGUUGACCCUAGAAAGGCAAAAGCUGACUGUAUGUCCCAUCAUCGAUGGGGAAGAACACCUUCGUUUGUUGAACUUUCAACACAAUUUUAUCACUCGGAUCCAAAAUAUUUCUAAUCUCCAGAAGUUAAUAUUCUUGGAUUUAUAUGAUAACCAGAUUGAAGAAAUUAGUGGGCUUUCUACUCUGAAAUCCCUCCGUGUCCUUCUGUUGGGGAAAAACAGAAUCAAGAAAAUCUCAAAUCUGGAAAAUCUAAAAAACUUAGAUGUCUUGGACCUUCAUGGAAAUCAGAUUACCAAAAUUGAAAAUGUCAAUCAUUUGUGUGAUUUGAGAGUUUUAAAUCUUGCCAGAAACUUUUUAAGUCACGUCGAUAAUCUCAAUGGGCUGGAUUCACUAACUGAACUUAACUUGCGACACAAUCAAAUCACUUUUGUGAGAGAUGUGGAUAAUUUGCCCUGCCUCCAACGUCUGUUUCUCAGCUUCAACAAUAUAUCUAGUUUUGACAAUGUUUCCUGCCUUGCUGACUCUGCUUCCCUCUCAGACAUCACCUUUGAUGGCAAUCCAAUAGCUCAAGAGUCAUGGUACAAACACACGGUCCUUCAGAAUAUGAUGCAGCUGCGCCAGCUAGAUAUGAAGAGAAUCACAGAAGAAGAAAGGCGUAUGGCAUCUAUUUUAGCCAAAAAAGAGGAAGAGAAGAAGCGGGAAAGUCAUAAACAAUCUUUGCUUAAGGAGAAGAAAAGGUUAACAAUUAACAACGUAGCUCGAAAGUGGGAUUUGCAACAACGAGUAGCCAAUAUUGCCACAACUCAAGAUAGAAAAGACUCUGACUCUCCUUCUCAGGACCCCUGUCAGAUUGAUGGAAGCACCAUCUCUGCAUCUCCGGAGGAAACAGGGUCUCUAGACGCAGGACUCACCAGUGCUUUACAAGGUUUAGCUGUCAUAGACUCAUACCUUGUUGAAGUAGAUGGGGACACACUUUCCCUGUAUGGCUCAGGAGCACUGGAGUCUCUGGAUCGGAAUUGGAGUGCUCAAACGGCAGGAAUGGUCACAACAGUCUCCUUCACUUUCAUAGAAUUUGAUGAGAUCGUCCAAGUGCUUCCCAAAUUGAAGAUUAAGUUUCCUAAUUCUCUGCACCUUAAAUUUAAAGAAACAAAUCUUGUAAUGCUGCAGCAAUUUAAUGCACUAGCACAACUCCGUCGUAUUGACCAAUUGACAAUCGAUCCUCAAGGAAAUCCAGUUGUCAAUUUUACACUCUGGAAAUACUAUGUGCUGUUUAGGCUGAGCCAUUUUAGUAUGCAGAAAAUAAAUGGAACAGAGGUGACGCAGAAUGAUAUGAUAAUGGCUGAAAGGCUCUUUGGAAUCCUAGCACAUGUAGCAUCUUCUGAGUUACCCCAGUACCGUCUGAUUUCAAUUCUGGGUGAUGCCAGGAAAAAGCAGUUCCAGUAUCUGCUAGAAACCAAAGGAAAAAAGCCUGGUGUUGUCAAUGAAGAAAAUAACGACAGCAAAAGACUUGUAGGAGAAAACACAAAUCGUGCUACACUAAAUUAUACCACAAGAGACUUUUAUAAUGAAAAGCUAGAGGAAAUAAAGGAAAAAAAGAAAUUCUGCAAGAUGUAUGUAGAGGACCUUGUGAAGGAAGCCACAGAAAUCAACAUGAAAAAUGAGGCUUUGCAGAAGCUUUGGCCACAGAUGUUCAUUGAGCUUGUUAGGGAUGCAGUCAUAGAAAUCCGCAAUAAAAAUUCCUAUAUGAAGCUGUGCCUACAGCAGAUAACUGACCAAAAAUAAAAAUGGCUUUUAGUUACAGGUGA